GUUGCACACUUACUGCGUCGCGCUAACGUUGACUCAAUGGAGACGUAUCACUUCCGGACACCAGCCGCAAAGCAUUAUGGGACUAGCAGUACUUUCCGCAGGUUGCUAAGGAGACGUGAUGCCAACAAGCUACACCUACUCGCUCUCAUUGUCAGAGAGACAACAUCUAAGCUAGCUUUUCAGACAUGAGUCAGUUCUUGGGUCGUCAGGACUGUAUCGAAAGCCUUAGAAAAGACGUCGUCGAUCUUCAAGGUGCGGUUCUGGACGUCUUUUCUAGAACCGGACCGGUCCGCUUUACGUCCUGGAAGUUUCCCGAUAAACUCUCAUGUCAUCUGGACAUGGUAGCUCUACUGGAGCAGUAUGACUUUGUGGAUGGGGAGGAUGCAUUCAAUCAGCACUCGCACAUUGUGUUAUUGGAGCUGGUGGUUGACAGGCUACUGCUUCUUCUACAAAGCCUCAAUGCUUACAUUGAACAAACUAGGAGCAGUCAGAGGAGAGGCCAAACCCAGCAGAAAGGAUGCCUCUCAGUUGGUCUUGUAGUCAGAAGCUAUUGGAGUAAUUUAGUUCAAUUUGCAAACCUUAAGGGGACCUAUAAAGACACCAAGAAUCAGACAAAAUCAAAGACAUUUGACUGUGAUGGGACAGAGACAGUGUCAUCGGUCUCCCCCCAAAUGAGCACAAGCAGAAAUUGCUUAUCUGCCUCGUCUUCAACAAGCUCCUUAAAUAGUCAACUACCCUCAAGUGGUACCCACAUCACCCCAUGCUAUCCUAAAGCUGACAGCCACAAUGUAAGGUGCCAGACUGUUGAAUCAUCCCUUGUUCCCUGCAAUGCCUGCCACCAAGUGCAAUCUACUUUGAUAAAAACAGGACAUGCUUUGUUGGAACUGCUUCAGAGUGAGAGCCUGCCCUCAUCUCUGCAGCCACUCUUAGUAGCUGUGGAAGACACCCUGGAGCUGGGACAUAUGACAGCAGCGGAUGUCGCCCAGUGGGCCAAUGAGCAGCUCAGGGACAUGCGCCGGCUGGCAAAACAUCUUCAAGAUGUGCGGGAUACUGUGCAACCUCUUAGAGACGGACUAGCGGCAGCAGAAGCAGAGCGGGAGAGAUUCAGGUCUCAGCUGGAAAGAACACAGAAAGAGUUUAAGCAACAGAUGGAAAAACACCAAGCGAACAUAGUCCAGCUGGAGUUUUCACUGAGGACAUCACAGAGAUCUGUGAAAGAAACAGAGCAAAGGCUACAAGAGGAGCAACGACAACUCAAGAGAGAAAUGUUGUGCUUGGAGGAGAGCAAUUCAAGCCUGAAAGAGAAAGUUGCAGCACAGCAAGAUGGUUUACAAGCACUUGAAUGUGAAAAUAAUGUGCUGCAGGAGAAAGUGAGGACCUUGCACAGAGAGGAAGAUGCCUGUUGUAAGCUUCAGCAAAGUAUCCAGCAGUUAGAGAGUCAAAUCUCUGAAACUCAACUCCGCUUUGACAAAGAGAAUGCCAAGUACCGCAGCGCUUGUCAUCAGCAAGAGAGUUGACGCUCUGGACGAAGAGUGUGAAGAGCUGCAGGGGCAGAUGGCACAGAGGGAGGAGAGACACAUCGACCUUCACAACCAGCUGCAACAGAUGUCA